AUGGCCCCUGCGGGAGGUCCAAGCGCAUGCAGCGAGGUGUGCGCAGUCCGGGUUGUGGCCCGUUUUCGACCUCCAGUCACUGACGAAGAACGGAAAGAGGAGAAUCCCGUGUUCACCGUGGAUUCCGAAGGGGUCAUCGAGUCCGCAGACCAUUUGCAUGUCUUCCGGUUGGACAGCGCGUUCGGUCAGGAGACGAGCCAGCAGAAGGUAUACCAGGAAGUGGGCCGACCAGUGGUGCAGGACGUCUUGUCUGGAUACAAUGGCACCAUCCUUGCCUACGGACCAACAGGAUCUGGCAAGACUUUCUGCAUGUUCGGAAGACCACAUGGGCGCAGCCCUCCUGAGCUGGAAGGCCUCGUGCCGCGUGCUGUGGAAGAGGUCCUUCAGCAUGUCAGAGAAAGCGGAGGCACUACGUUGCUUUCCUGCAGCUUCUUUGAGGUCUACUUGGAGAAAGUUCGUGACUUCCUGAGCCCAAAGAUGGCAAACCCGCUGAAGGAGCUGCCUCAGCAUGGUGUUGAAGGUCUCAGCUAUAAAGAGAUCUCCACAGCUGCUGAAGCUCUGCUGAUUUUGAGGCAGGGGUUGCGGCUGCGAGUGGCUGCAAAUACCAGUUUGAACGAGCACUCGUCUCGUUCUCAUGCAAUCUUCUCCUUGCUUUUGCGACAGACGCAGAAGGAUGGAAUUCGAACGUGCAAGCUGACCCUGGUUGACCUUGCUGGAUCUGAGAAGGUUCGCAAGAGCGGCUCGGUUGGGGGCAUGCUGGAGGAGGCAAAGAAGAUCAACUCUUCCCUUAGUGCGCUCGGCCACGUCAUCGAAGCACUCUCUGAGCGCAGACCGCAUGUCCCCUACAGAGAUUCGCGGCUUACCCGUCUCCUUGAAGAAUCGCUCGGUGGUAACUGCAGAACGACACUACUUGUAGCCUGCUCGUCCAGCAGCAUUCACGCUGCCGAGACUUUGUCAUCUCUGCGCUUCGCCGUACGUGCGAAGAAGGUUGAAAACAGCGUUGGUGUGACUGUCUCUUCCAGCUCAAGCCACGCCUCUCAAUCUUCUGAGAGGCAGCUCGAGCGAAGAAUUGCCCAGCUUCGACGAGAACUCGCGAGGUUGGAAAGUCGGAGGGCGGCAACACGCUCUCCGUCUGCGGAUCGGCACAGAUCAUCGAGGUCGAGCUUAACAAAGUCUGUGUCAGCAUCGUCUCUGAGUCCUGAGCGCCGUGCAGGCAAGAUGCCAGCUGUAGCACGUGGGGUGAAGCACAUCAAGGCGCCGCAUACAGCGCUGCAGUUCGCAGAGAGCGUGGCUGUGCGCAAGGAGGACGUGCCAGAAGCGCUACCGCUACCGAUUAGCAACAGCGCUGCUUUACUCGGGAGCUGCAGAAGCACUGCUGAUCCAGGAUCUGGUAUGUCAUCAACGUGCUCAGUGACUGCAGUGUCCCUAACAGGCUCAUCCGCUGGCACACCGCUCUCACGUGAUCGUGAACCGCACCGAGACGAGUCGCCCUGUCCCCCGAACACGCGUGGUAGCUACAGCUUCCUGAUAGAGGCAACACCUCUGCCAGCACAGGGCUUGAAUGGACGGCAGUCGUUAGAGCCGCAUUGUUGCGACGCAGUCCUUUUUGAGGCCAUUCAAGACGUGUUUGAGGGACGCGGAAUGAAGGCAAGACCCAUCGAGCCAGAAGGACCCUGUCUUGGUCCCCCGGUGGCCCAGAUCUCCGGUCGCUGCCGUGAACUGGAGAGGCAACUUGAGGCUGAACGCAGGCAGCACGCCCUGGAGCUGGAGAACCUCCAUCAGCGGCAUUCAGAGGUACGGUCCCAGAUCUCCCCAGCACGUCGCAACACAGCUUCUGGUGCCUCACGCCUGGCUGCCUUGGCCAAGACUGCAGCGUGCACAGGUGCGAUCACCGAAGGCACGGCAGGCACAUCGAGGAUGGGAACCUCGGAAAGCGCAAGGCAGCCUGGGAAGGGUGACGAAGCUUGGCCGGUGGCACCUGCCCAUACAGUCCCAGUUUCGAGGACGUCCUGCUUUGCAGCAGUGAACUGCUUGCCAGCAGCAAGCAGAACUCCCAGAGCUUCCCCUGUUCUGAGCCAGUACCUGUGUGGCUCUCCGACAACUCAACUGAUGCCCUCAGUGCUUGAGGGAACUGCGUCGCAGCGAGCUGGAUCCGGAAGUCGCCUUUUGAUGGCCUCUGCUGCGAGAGGAAGCUGGCGCAUUGCAGGCAGCAGCAUUUCGCCUCGGCAAGGGCUUUCCUGUAGCCCGACACCACGACGUGGUCAAGUUCUGAUCGGAGAUAGCUUGCAGGCCCGCAGUUUGGAGGCGCUUCGUCCGCAUCGCUGA